AUGCUCCCCCUCGGCCUCUUGACAGCGGCACAAGGCCAUCCUAUGCUCGUGGAGCUGAAAAACGGCGAAACCCUCAACGGCCACCUCGUCAACUGCGACACAUGGAUGAAUCUGACACUAAAGGAAGUCGUGCAGACAAGCCCCGAGGGCGACAAAUUCUGGAGGUUGCCCGAAUGUUACGUGAGGGGGAAUAACAUCAAGUAUCUUCGUGUUCCGGAGGAGAUUAUCGACAUUGCACGAGAACAACAGCAACAUCAACAACAGCAUCGCCAAGAUGGCGGUCAGCGGGGGAGCCGUGGAGGCGGACAGGCAGGCCACACUGGUGGUGGCAGAGGGGCGGAGCGCGGCGGCCGUGGAGGCGGCGGGCAAGGACGGGGUGGUGGAAGAGGGCACGGGAGGGGUAGAGGGGGUGGCGGAGGUGGGAGAGGUCAGAGUUGA